CUCUCCCAUCUGGCGACAUCUCAUUCCCCAACCCCCAUCUCCCUCUCCCUCUCCCUCUCUCUCUCUCUCUCUCACAUGGCGUCCGCCGCCACAUUCCGAUACCAGAGACUGAAAACAGAGGGCCCUGGCGUCGACGGCGACGACGGCGACGUCGCCUUCGAGAGGCAUAGGGCGAUCGCGAGGUCCAAGCCGUGGUACACUAGGCUCAAGAGGGUCGCCGUCAAGAAGAGGUUCGGGCUCAGGGUCCCCGGGUUGAGGAGGCUCCUGCGGAGGCGGGCGAGGCUGGUGAGGGCGGUCAGGGUCUCGUGCGCGAAGGUGGUGAGGAGGCUGAGGGAGAGCCAGUCCCACUUCGGCGACCUCUUCGCCGGCAACUACCUGUUCCUCCAGGUGAACCCGAUGCCGGUAAAGAAGCGCUUGGAGCGAUCCGGCGGCGGCGGCGGCGAGCGAGGUCGUGCGUAUGGCGCCGGAGGCCAUGGAUCGUUUCCGAAGGUCUCCGUUCAGAGCUUCGCUUAUUAAGCAGAAGCCUUUUCUUGCUUCCAGUAAUAAUCGUCUCUGAUUUGUUUAUCUAUCGGAUCGGGUCGCUUGGUCGAUUUGUUCGUGCAAAAUCAGGGUCCAUAUCAAAUGUGACCCGACCCGAAAAUUCGAAUAUUGGAUCAGUUUCCCAACGUGCAA